AUGCUGAGAUGGAGGAAAAACAAGAAUAAGAAUGGGAAGAAGAGCGGUAGAAGCUACCCUAAGGACACUAGUUCUGUCAACUUGUCUGACAGCCACGCUUCUGGGAGCGAAUCACACGCUUCCCAGCCAGACAGCAGCAAUCUGGUGCUGUCUGAGCUUGACCUACAAACUGACGACAUCACCACCCAGCUGGCAAGCAUGUUUCGCAUCACUGAUGACCAGGAUGACCCGCUUCUUUUAUCUGCCGUGAAUGAGGAUCCUUCUCAACAAAUAGAAGGAGAGAGUGAUGUAAUGUCUCUGGAUGGCUCACAUCCCAGCUCUUUCCCAGCCGACUCCCAAACAUUUCAAUCUUCAUCCCCCACCCCUAAAAGAUUUCAUAAGACCCUGUCUCCCUCGCAUCAUCCUGAUUCGCUCAACAUCAACGAUACAAUUAAGACCGGGCGCGGUCUGGGCGGAAUCUUGAAAAAGCACAAAAGCAAAACGUCCAAGAAAGUCAGAUUCGCGAUAACACCCACGAAAAUAGUGAAGCAGUACAGAUCAGCUUAUGUGACCGUUGAGCCAGAGCUCAGUCAUAAACCCGACCGAAGCUUGAAGCAAUGGACACAAGUCAUCCCGGAAGACCUGUGCGCCAGUGGUGGAAGUGGCAAGGGAAAUGGGAAAAGCAGAGACAAAUCGGGCAACAAGUAUGAUGAGCGCUUUCCCAUAGUUAGCAAGAGCUCUUUCAAUGAUUCGGUAACUGGUUAUUCCAACUUUACAGCCUCUGGUCCAAGGCUGCUAACAGAGUUAAAGGUCGAGUACAUCCGCCAGAGCACCGCCUGCGAAGCGAAAACGCGCGAUCUCAGCAAACCCCAGGUUUGGGACUACAGGAACAUCUGGUGUACCAAAUGCUACGCCGAGUGCCCUAUCUGCGAUACCUCCUGCUGCGUGUACGAGGAACUCCGGCGCGCGAUCUCCGAUGAGGGAUCUGACCAUCUCGUGUCGCGAGACCGAGGGCAAACGAUGAGGCUCAUAGAGGUCGUUGGAGCCUACGUCAAGGACGCAAGCACCUUCUCGUUGUGCUGGCGCAUGGGGGCUGCGAAAGGCAUGUCUGCCCAUCCUGUAGUGGGACGUGCCCGGAUGAUUGGUGCCAAUAUAUGCAAUGCAAUCAGGCUUACAGUCGUGUUUGCUCAGGAGUGCAAGGCAGAUCCCCGGGCUAAAUGCGACUGGCACGAGCGGCCAACGUCUCACGAACAGCUCGCCGCAGAGACCGCUUCGACUCAACCACCCAACGCCAACCGACAACAUCUCGUCUCGACCGGCUGCGCAUCUCAGACGUUCAAGAUGCGUACCUACGACGAUUCUUUCAGCGGUCAGAAGAUCUACCCUGGAAAGGGUAAGCUGUACGUCCGUGGCGACAGCAAGAUCUUCCGCUUCCAGAAUGGAAAGUCCGAGUCCCUUUUCCUCCAGCGCAAGAACCCCCGUCGCAUCGCCUGGACUGUCCUCUACCGUCGCCAGCACAAGAAGGGUAUCUCUGAAGAAGUUGCCAAGAAGCGUACCCGCCGUGCCGUCAAGAGCCAGCGUGCUAUCGUCGGUGCCUCCCUCGAUGUGAUCAAGGAGCGCCGCAGCCAGCGCCCUGAGGCCCGUGCCGCCGCCCGCCAGCAGGCCAUCAAGGAUGCCAAGGAGAAGAAGGCCGCCAACGAGAGCCGCAAGCGCGCCGAGAAGGCCAAGAACGCCGCUGCUCCCGCCCAGCGCAUCCAGAGCAAGCAGGGUGCUAAGGGCUCUGCCCCCAAGGUCGCUGCCAAGUCGCGUUAA